AUGGCGGUCCCGAAAGGUGGUGUUGGUGGUCUCUGCGCCGGGCGUGGUGGGUUAGUUGGAUGUCGGGGCGGCGGCACCAAGAGUUUGGCAGUGUUGAGGACAUCGACCUUGUGUCGCAAGGGCGAAAAGUUCGAUUUGGCGCAGUUCCUUGAGAGGUUCGUCUUCUUCAGCUAUCUUGGAGUGUCCCGUGUCUGCUCCUCACAUUGUAGGCUCGGCGUCUUCUCUCCGGCUUGGUUGGAAGGCAAGGAUGGCACAUACCUGCGUAACGGUCCGGGCCUAUGGGAUGUCGGGGAGUACGGUUUCCGGCACCUGUUCGAUGGCUACGCAACGCUGGUGCGCGUCUCGUUCCAUGAAGGCCACGCCGUGGGCGCGCACCGACAGGUGGAGUCUGAAGCCUACAAGGCGGCGAGCGAGCACGGCAAGGUGUGCUACCGCGAGUUCUCGGAGGUGCCUAAGGUGGACAGCUUCGCGUCCUUCGUCGGGCAGGUCGCGACGCUCUUCUCGGGCUCCUCCCUCACCGACAACGCCAACACGGGCGUCGUGAGGCUCGGCGACGGCCGCGUGCUGUGCCUGACGGAGACGGUGAAGGGCUCCAUCGUCGUCGACCCCGACACGCUGGACACGGUGGGCAAGUUCGAGUACGAGGACAAGCUGGGUGGGCUGAUCCACUCGGCGCACCCCAUCGUGACGGACACCGAGUUCUGGACGCUGAUCCCGGACCUGAUCCGGCCAGGCUACGUGGUGGCGAGAAUGGACGCCGGGAGCAACGAGAGGAAGUUUGUGGGCAGGGUGGACUGCCGCGGCGGGCCGGCGCCCGGGUGGGUGCACUCCUUCCCCGUCACCGACAACUACGUGGUCGUGCCGGAGAUGCCGCUGCGGUACUGCGCCGAGAACCUCCUCCGCGCCGAGCCCACGCCGCUGUACAAGUUCAAGUGGCACCCAAAGUCCGGGAGCUACAUGCACGUCAUGUGCAAGGCCAGCGGCAACAUCGUGGCGAGCGUGGAGGUGCCGUCGUUCAUCACCUUCCACUUCAUCAACGCGUACGAGGAGAAAGACGAGGAGGGGCGGGUGACGGCGAUCAUCGCCGACUGCUGCGAGCACAACUCCAACACCUCAAUCCUGGAUGACCUCCGGCUCAGCAAUCUCCGUGCCUUCUCCGGCGAGGACGUCCUCACCGACGCGAGGGUUGGCAGGUUCAGGAUACCGCUGGACGGUAGCCCUACGGGGGAGCUGGAGGCGGCGCUGGACCCGGAGGAGCACGGCCGCGGGAUGGACAUGUGCAGCAUCAACCCUGACCGCCGGGGCAAGGAGUACCGCUACGCCUACGCAUGCGGCGCGCAUCGGCCGUGCAACUUCCCCAACACGCUCACCAAGCUCGACCUUGUGGAGAAGACGGCCAAGAACUGGUACGAGGAGGGCGCUGUGCCCUCAGAGCCCUACUUCGUGCCGCGCCCCGGCGCCGUCGAGGAAGACGACGGCGUGGCGAUAUCGAUGGUGAGCGCCAAGGACGGGUCGGGCUACGCGCUGGUGCUGGACGCCAAGACGUUCCAGGAGGUCGCACGGGCCAAGUUCCCCUACGGGCUGCCCUACGGCUUGCACUGCUGCUGGGUGCCCAGGGGCAAAGUGACAUAAAUCAAUCGGGAAUCACGGGAUUGCAUAUAUAUAUACUCCGUAUAUGCUUCUUGCGUAGUGGCCAGCGUGUCCAGUCGGCACUCGCGCGCAUACGUGGAUGUUUGUGUAGUUUGCUAGUAGUAUGUUUCUGUAAAGAAAACAAAAAAUGGGAACAAAAUGGUAGACAUGUACAGAUCUAUAGACAGAUGUGAGAUGUCGUCGUAUACGUGGAAGUUGUGUUUUGCUUUGGUGUCCUCCCUUAAUAUGUACUACAUAU